AUGAACUUAGAAGAUACAUUAGAUAAAGAAGGUACUGAAGAUGAUAAUGACUUAAAUGAAGGUGAGUUGUCAAUCGGAAAUAUAACAUCUAUAGCUUCCCAAAUCAAAGGUUUGGAAGAAAUGGACAUCGAAAAAAUACAGGAAUGGAUAGAAUGUGAUUACGAAGAAAAAGGAUACCAGAUUAUGGAUGAUGAUGAGAAUAAUUGCGUCAUCAAAACAAGUCAUCGAGAACCAGGGGAUGCAGUAAAUGUACUUGUCCAAUAUUUUGAAGAAGAGCCUGGAAAUGAUGAUAUUUAUGUGCUUCAGCUUAGAAAAGUGAAGGAGAUUUUAAAGUGUAGAAGUUACGAAUCCCAAAAACAAACAAAAAUUAGUGAUUUUUUUAAGUGAUUUUUCCACGUAAUACAUACAGA